AAAAAAAAUCUGAGAGGACAGAUAAAAUGACGAAGGUGACCAGAAGAAGAAGAAGCCAGAGGAUCUAGGGCUUCACAAUCUGCUUCCAUCUCUCUUUCUCUCCCUCUAUCUCCAUCUCGACGGAUUUAGCAUGCAGCUUCAUAAUUUCGUUAUCUUUUCUUCUUAAUUUCCCCCUCACAUCCUCGAUUUGUCAAAAGUUUUCCUGAGAAAUUAGGGUUUCUUUCUCGAUAGCUUUGGAUGAGAGAAUGAUGAUGAUGAUUGGUUCAAUCUAAAGAGUUGACUAAAUUUAUUGGGGAUUUUAAAAAGGGCAAAUUUGGACCUUGCUGAAUCAAUUUCUUGGAAAAAGAAUAUAUAUAUUUUUUAGAUUAGAAAGAAGUGAACUAUGCGGGCAUUGCACAAAAGGGUAUCGUGGCCUCCAGAUUUUAAACUUUGUCAGGGGGCUAAUCCUCAGAUACACAUCCAGUUUCAUCAUGGGAUGGUCAGGCUUAAACAUCUUACUCAUGACAUCAAUGUGGUCAAGUAGUUCAGUGAUGAGGUUUCCAAGAGAAUGAACCAAGAAAAAUCUUCAACAAAGUAUUCGGCAUGGUGAAACGUUAUCCACUUAACAGAGAUUCAAAUGCUGUCAUUUGCAACGUGUUUGCUGAUGGAAAAUACUUUGGUACGGCUGUUCAUAUCAGAGGAUUCACCUUCACAAGUUGGAUCAGAGUCCCAAGAUCACCUGCAAGCGAAGUCAUCUUUUGCUUCACAUCCGGGUGAUGAUAAUCUACCACCUGGUUUUGGUGGACCUCUUUCUGCCAAUGAGCCACAGAUUAGGUUAUCAGACAUAGCAGUAAUAAAGUGGAAAUGCUCUGUCCGGAUUUUGCUAGAUGAGGAAUGGAGAGUGGUUGCAGGGGACGAAAGCAAAGAAGUGGAAGCACAAAAUCAGAGGGAAUUGAGAGUUCUUGAAGCAUUCUAUCCUGGCGCAUCAUCUAUUCCUUCAAACCCUUCGGUUCCAGCUGAUGUUGAGAACUCACAUUAUGAUGAUCAGCAAACCAUUGUCAUACCAAUUCUGCCUGUAGAAGAUGAUGACAUAGCGACGGAUUCAGCAUCUGAUCUCCCGACCCAAUCUGGCACGAAUGUUGGAACAGAGCCAUCAAUACCCAAUCAGAACACAUCAACUUCUUCAAUCCUCCCUUCAGGGUCAGAUAUAAUGGCUGCAUUAUCUGCAAUCUCAAACAUCAAAGAACAAGGAAGCAGCAUGAUUGACCAAGAUUUGCUUAUUAAGAUCCUAAGCAAUCCUAAGUUAGUCGAGAAUCUUGUAGCAAAUAGUGGCAGUGCAGGUUCAGUCUCCUCCAACGCAAGUGUCCUCUACCCAUCUUCAACCCAUGAAGCCAAUGGAGUAGUUACCACAGCACCUGCCUCCAAUGGACAAUUUUACCCUCAGCCAAUGGUAACACAGUGUCCUCCCAUGGUGUAUCCUCCUCCAGCUCCGUCAGACCAACAUAAUUAUGGAGCACCACCCGCAAGAGAUGCUAGUUAUUACAAGAACCUGAUUCAGCAACAUGGCGGGGAAAGACAAGAGACGCCACCAGUUCAACCACAUCUCGGUUUUCGUUACAACCUCCCACCUGGAGGACCUAACCAAGAGAUGAUAAAUAGCAAUAAUAAUAACCAGAGGCCAAGGGAUUCAAAACCCAAGAUAAUGAAGCCUUGCAUGUACUUCAACAGCACGAGGGGUUGUCGCCAUGGAUCCAACUGUUUAUACCAGCACGAUGCUACACCUUACCAGCCAAGGAAUCCAAACAAUGGUAAUAUCAACACUUCUGAGAUGCAGAGUGCGAAAAGAAUGAGAUUUGACAGAGACUGAUGCAGAAUUAGCAUACCACACAUGCUUUUUGCCUCUUGGUGUGAGAUGUUGUUGUUAGCAGCAGAGCAAAUUUUCUCUUUUCUCUUGCCUGGCUUUGCUGCUAUAUAUAAGUUUUAUAUACUUUUGAAAUCAUUUCUUAGUUUUAUGCUACAGAUGUAGAAUUAAUCAGCGCGUUUUAUUUCGCUCACCAUCACAGUAGUAAUUAUACUAUCCCUAGUUUUUUCUUGAGAUGAUUUUCGACACAUUUAUCUUUUA